AUGUUUAUUCCCCUAAUCAACAUUUCUAUAGAAAUUUCCUCACCUUUGUAUUCUAAUCGAGAAUCUGUUUUUGCAGUGCCUUUAUACCUACUGCUGAUAAGCAUGGCAACACCGCUGGCUAAAUAUCGGAAGCCUCUUAUAAAAUAUCCCAAAGAUACACAAUUCUGGGCUACGGAUUUCUUUGUUAGAGGAUGCAGAAACUUUUUAGAGAAUUGUCCAUCGAGUUAUAAAACCCAAUUUAUUUGUGCGCGCAAUUACAACGGUGACUUCGAGGAUUUCUCUAAUUAUUGUGAAAUGCAAUAUGAAAAUUGUAACACAUGGAAAAAUUGGCAAGUAUUCAAACGGGAGCGCUGCUGA